AUGGAAGAGAAGGGAGCGCCGUCGCCGGCGUCCAAUUCUUCCACCACCACAACUUGCAGCAGCCGCAGCUCCGGCCCCGGCUCCCCCGUCGCGACAUCGUCGUCUUCCGACGAGUCGAGCGGCGGCAGGAAGCGGCCGCGGCAGGACCUGAAGCACCCGAGCUACCGCGGCGUGCGCAUGCGGACAUGGGGGAAGUGGGUGUCGGAGAUCCGCGAGCCCCGCAAGAAGUCCCGCAUCUGGCUCGGCACCUUCGACACCGCCGAGAUGGCCGCGCGCGCGCACGACGUCGCCGCGCUCGCCAUCAAGGGCUCCGCCGCGCACCUCAACUUCCCGGAGGCCGCGCACGAGCUGCCCCGCCCCGCCACCGCCGCGCCGGAGGACGUGCGUGCCGCAGCCGCGCUCGCCGCGUACAUGGAGGACCGCGCACCGGACGCCGAGGCUGCCCAAGACACGGACAAAGACGAGGAGCCAGCGCCGCCGUCACCGGCGCAGCCAUCGCCGGGUGACCACGCUCUUGAUCUCGCCCUCUUCGACCUGCCGGAAUUCCUGCACGAGUUCGGCUUCGCGUUGCCUCCGUCGACGCACGAUUUGUCCUGCUGGCACGACGACUUUCGGUUCGAGCCGGUGCCGCUGCUGCUCUGGGAGCACUGA